AGGUGUUUUAUAUAUAAGCCGCAAUCCCCUACUUCCAACGUGCGAAGCCGUUAGUAUCUCUGGUUGUUCGUCGGGACACUUUCGAGCUAGAGGAGAAAGGAAUUGCACAAUAGCAGGGUCACUGUAUUCUCUGUAUUGUACAGCCUCCUGAAAAAAAAAGCUUUUCUUUAGUUACCGGACGAUUGACCACCGCAAGAUCUUUUUUUUCUUUCUAAAAACGUUUUUAGGUGAAAUGAAAAUAAAUUAUGCAAUAUUUUGUUUCAUAAUUUAUUAUUUACCUUAUCGGUGUUGAAAGGAUUUAUGGAAAUCGGGUUACGGUAUCGAUUUGUUUAGUACUUAUCGAAUUGCAGUUACAGUUAUAUUUUUAUCCCAGUGUUAAAUUUAGUAGUCAUGACUUUUGUGCGACUUUCGAACCUUGAACGUUAUGAAGAAAAAUUACUCGCGUGAAACUUUUAUAACCUACAUACAUCUAAGUACAUUUAAGAAAUUAAUUACUACCGUAAUAAAAUGCGAUUAAAUUUUAUACUCCUAUGUUUGUAAAACUUGAUAUUUGAAAUCAAUAGAAUUUCAUCAUGCAAUUCACUACUUCAAUGUGUUAUUGAGUGUUUAUUAACUAUUUAUUUUUACUUUAACUUUGAUAUAUACGAUUUAGUUCAAGUUUUCGACGCAGUUUAGGAAAUGUGAUAUUGUCCAGUUAUUAUAAUUCAAAAUGAUAAUUGGGAGCUAAGUAGAAAUUCUAUUGUUAGAGCUUCGGUGUCGUGCAGAAAGCAGUUGCCUAACUACAGUAAUUAGUAACCGAGUUAUCUUGCGCAAUUACUCGGUUAUGUAGUGGUGCGGCAGUUGGUAUUAAUAUUAACGAUGUACGGCCCACACCGAUGUACGUGUAUAUGUAUGUAUCUGAGGAUGUAACUUUGUGAGAAAACUUGUCUACGUCAGCGAUUGCUGACCUGGUAAUAUGCUAGUUAGCAAACUAGAGAUACGGACGAUUCGGAGCGGUUACAAAUACUAACUAGGAAAUACUCCCAAACCAGGUAAUGUAAAGUCAACUAUAUUAAUUUUUCUUUCAUGUAUCAUGUACCGUGUUUCUAUCGACAAUAAAACGACCAUUAAAGUUGGUUGUGUUAAGCAUUUGUUACCGUUUUUAAUAGACGUCGUUCUUUUGAAAAUACGAGUUAACGCAUUUUAUGACAUAAUUAAAGGUUUGUAUAAAGAACCUGACUUUGCGUUAAACUUUACAUUUCCUCAGUUCCUACUCAUUUCUUUCAUUGAUUUUUUUUGUGUAACUACGAAAAUGUCUAAAUUAUCCGUAAUAUUUCUCGUUGGUAUUCUCAUUUAUACCGUAACAUCUCUUGCUGUUGUUGGGAAACACUAUUGUCUUGGAGAACGUGAACCCGGAGAUGAAUGCAAACAAAAAUGCGCCGAAGUAAAUCAAUCUCCGAUGUGCUACCAGAGAAUGUGUUAUUGUUACACCAAAUUAGACAACGUUGCAAAAAAGAAAAUUGAGGUGCAUAAUGAAGAAGCUCCAGUUGUACGAUCUUUAUUUCCAAAUUUAGUACCAAUAUACUAAUGAUGUAUAAUGUAACUUUAUUCGAUACUAAAGAAUAAAAGUGUUGCUCGUAAAAAGUAUUAAAAUAAUUCAUUGUAGAAGAAACUACCAGGAAAAGGAAUUUCCGCUUCCUUAAAAAAAGAUCACGCGAGUAUAAUGCAAUUAAUAUAUUCCUAUUUUUAUAGUAUUCUUAAAUUAUUGAGAAAAUGCUUGUUUUAAAUAUUCUGCGAUCUAAAAUACAUCGAUUUAUAUGCAAGGUUAGAAAGGUGGAGCAUCUACAUCUCUUUUGAUCCAUUUCCGAAAAUGUUAAAGUAUAAAUUAUCUUGUAUCACGAAUGAAUAUAAAGAUGA